AUGCAGACUGCUUCUACAAACAUUUGUGAAAGACUGUGCAAUAAGUCAUUCAUGAAAUUUCCUUGUUACUAAAUAUUCCACGGUCAACUGUUAGUGGGAUUAUAACAAAGUGGAAGCAACUGGGAACAACAGCAACUCAGCCACGAAGUGGUAGGCCACGUAAAAUGACAGAGCGGGGUCAGCGCAUGCUGAAGCGCACAGUGCACAGAAGUCGCCAAAUGUCUGCAGAGUCAAUAGAUAAAGACCUCCAAAUUUCAUGUGGCGUUCAGAUUAGCACAACAACAGUGUGUAGAGAGCGUCAUGGAAUGGGUUUCCAUGGCCGAGCAACUGCGUCCAAGCCUUACAUCAGCAAGUGCAAUGCAAAGCAUCGGAUGCAGUGGUGUGAAGCACGCCUCCACUGGACUCCA